AUAAUAAUAAUAAUAAUAAUUGCAGAGUCCUCUCUCAAGGGUAGAUCUGAACCCUUGCUUCACACAGAAAGGGGUGGAUCCUACCAGCUCUCACCCAGCAGCUUCUCAUUCUUAUUUUUAAAUUAAAUUUAUAUACCUCCCUUGAUCUGAAGAUCUCACAAUACACGAUAAAAUCGUGACUUCCCCCUUCCCUGCCUCUCACAAAGGGUUUUUCACCAAUCAAAUAACCUGAAUCAAGAACAAAGCAAAGGAAAAAGAAACUGAAAAAAUAAAAACAAAAGAAUAGAUGGAUGAAAAAAUAAAUAAAAUAAAUAAAAAGGGCUUCCAAUUCUCCAUCACUUGGCCCUCUUUUGAGCUGCCUCCACUGAGGGCGUCUAUGCGGAAUUUAACUUAAAAGAGCUACGUGAAGUGCCAACCCCACGGCUAUUACACGGGGGAUAUCAUUUUGACCGGCCUUCCAAGUUUCUCGUACAAAUCACAGCAGCUAAUCCCAGAGCCUAGUACGAAACAUCUCCCUUGCUUCAUAUUUUAAGUUUUACUGCUCUCAUCACUUUCGAAGCUAUUUCCUUUGCUCAUGUUUGUUUGUAUUUAUGAUUCUGACUGGUCACAAGAUAGCCCAUGUUUUGUUAAUAGCUGUUGGCUUCCUUAUAAGUUAGUUACACUACAUCUGUUGAUAGGCAAAGGUUUGCGCAUUUUGGUGAGUAGCUAUAUAGGUUUGUUGCUGUAGGUUUCGUUCACCCUUACAACCAAAUAUUUUCAUGCAGUUAUCUGGCAUCACUCGACCCAAGUUCAUUGGUGUUGUGGAAUUGGUUAAACAGAAAUAGUUUCAACUGGAUUUUGAAUAAAGUCAGUUAAUCGUCACUGUUCUGAAUGUUGGGCGAUCAUCUUCCUUAGUGGCUUGUGAAAAAUUCUUUUUAUAGGUUAGGGGGAACUUUGAUUUACAUAUAAGCUAAACAAGCUAUAGCUUACGGCUCCACUCUCUUGAGGGCGCCACAAAAAAUUAAAGGAAAAAAAAGUGGAUGUACAUUUACAAAACACAGUGGGACCUCAAUUUACGAAUUUAAUCUGUUCCGAAUGCACACUCGUAGGUCAAAAACUUCGUAAGUUGAGUUUCCCAUAGGAAAAGCGGUUUCCCAUAGGAAUGCAUUGGAAACGGAAAAAUUCGUAAGUCGAGGAAACCGCAUCUAGCCGUGAACAGGUUUUCCGUUUGCAUGUCGAUAAAAUCAUGAGCGCGCGGCCACUUUUUCCGCUUGUAAGUCGAAAACGUCGGAUGUCGAUGAGCUCGUAAGUCGAGGUCCUAUUGUAUAAGAUAAAAAACAAAUAAAAUGGCUUUAGAUACCUAUUACCGUAGAUCCAUAAAUUACCAUAUAGCAUAUUGUUGUUGUUUAGUCGUUUAGUCAUGUCCGACUCUUUGUGACCCCAUGGACCAGAGCACGCCAGGCACUCCUGUCUUCCACUGCCUCCCGCAGUUUGGUCAGACUCAUGUUCGUAGCUUUGAGAACACUGUCCAACCAUCUAUUCCUCUGUCGUCCCCUUCUCCUAGUGCCCUCAAUCUUUCCCAACAUCAGGGUCUUUUCCAGGGAGUCUUCUCUUCUCAUGAGGUGGCCAAAGUAUUGGAGCCUCAGCUUCACGAUCUGUCCUUCCAGGGAGCACUCAGGGCUGAUUUCCUUAAGAAUGGAUAGGUUUGAUCUUCUUGCAGUCCAUGGGACUCUCAAGAGUCUUCUCCAGCACCAUAAUUCAAAAGCAUCAAUUCUUCAGCAAUCAGCCUUCUUUAGAGUUCCUGCCAUCUUCCGUUCUACAGGCAUGACCAAGCCAGCGUAGACAUCGCUGAGAUGGGAAUCAUGGGGAAAUGGACUUGAUAGAGCACAUCUUUGUUUGAGACCAUAUAUAUAUAUAUAUAUAUAUAUAUAUAUAUAUAUAUAAUUUAUUGAUUUAUCAAAAAUAACAAAAACAGAAAAGAAAAAAUUCAUAACCAGAUUAAACCACAAAUUUUUGGUUGACUUCCCUCCACUUAUAAUAUACUUGUUUUCGCGCGUCCACAAAACCUUAUAUGCUUAACAAUCCAAUUUUAAAACCUUCCUCUUAUUACAAGUGACUUUCAAAAGUUAUACUAAUGUAAAAAUCUGCACACAAAGCUUAAAAAAUAUGCAUUGAGCAAUUGCCCUUUUUUUUUUUUUGGUAAUAAUUUGUCCUGCAUAGUUCAGUAAUUUUUUUGUGUGCCAAUCUUCUUCUUUAUCUUCUUUGGCCGAGGCUUCUUCCUUCCAUAGGAGCUGGCUGGACUUGGCCCGGCAUCCAGUCUCACAUAUCGGAACAAAGUCUUUCGUUCAAACAAUCCAUCAAGUCUUGAACAUAUCAAUAUCGUAACUUCAUUUUUUAAAAAACAACCAGCAUUUCCCACAUUCUCUUCAAAUCUUUAUAUGUCUUUUCCCCAGGCCUUUUAGAUAUCUUUGUUUUGAGACCCUGUCGUGCCAUGCAAUGCCCCAAAAUCUUCCUGAUGCAGAAGAGUUCGUGGAAACAAGGGGGUGGUGUUUCACCGGAGAAAGUUUGGGGAAAACUGCCCUAAACAGAAGUACAUCUCAAUAAGGGGAAUUUGAAGGAUGGGCUUGCAGAAGGUUGUGACCUGGGACAGAAAUGAGAGUUGAAACCAGAUGGAGGAGGGAGACCCAAAGGGAGUCCCUUUUUUUCGUGGCACACGGGCCAGGCCUCUCACCCCAUCCUGAGAGUUCAGUCUUAGCUUGAGAAUUUCUUCUGGGGCAAGGACAACUCUUUUAUUACAGCAUUAACCAGUUCAAUGAGUGUAUGUAGACCUUUUUUUAAAAAAAGAGGAUUUGCAAAGGACGUCUCCAUUUACCACAGUCCAACCCAAACAAAGGGAUUCUUUUCAGCCUCGCUUGAACAUGGGGAGAAAAAGGAAUUAGGCUAAACAAAGACCUCGGAUUCAGCUCCCCGGAAAUAGAAAACUCGAUCAGUGUUGAUGGUGGAGAAGGUUUUUUUGUCUCCUCUUUUGUAGUUGCACGAAAUCUCUCUAAUGCAUGUUUUCAGCUGAGGAAACCAAAACCCUUUUGGAGCCGUGAGGGAGGGGCUGGUUAAAUAUUGACUGUUGGCUUAGUCAAGUUUUGUAGGCUAAAUCCUGCUCAUGUUCAGCCAAACAUAACAAACACAUACCAGAAUGGGGCGGUAAUAAAGAUGGGAAAGUUCUGUCUCUCUUGCACAAAUGAUGCGGAAGCAGGCCUUCCAAUCUCUGCCCCAGGAGUCGCUUGGAAACGUUGCUUGGAUUGGCUUUGCUGUGACAGUGAAAUGUUAUCUUUUAACUCAGCCUUUAGUAUUGUGCUGCAGGAUCCAAAUAAUCUUCAUGGUUCCUUUAAGAAUUUUUUUAAAAAAACAAGCAAGGUGCUAGUCCUCAUGAUGCAAGGGAAGAAUUACAAAGCAUAUAUGAUGGUUCUGCUGUUCAUAUAGCAUUUUUCAAAAGUCAGGGUGGGUCUUCCACUAAAUAGUGGGGACGCGGGUGGCGCUGUGGUCUAAACCACUGAGCCCAGGGCUUGCCGAUCAGAAGGUCAGCAGUUCAAAUCCCCUCGACGGGGUGAGCUCCCGUUGCUCUGUCCCAGCUUCUGCCCAUCUAGCAGUUCAAAAGCACCCAGUGCAAGUAGAUAAGUAGGUAUCGCUCUGGCAGGAAGGUAAACGGCGUUUCCGUGCGCUGCUCUGGUUCUCCAGAAGCGGCUUUGUCAUGCUGGCCACAUGACCCGGAAGCUGUAUGCUGGCUCCCUCGGCCAGUAAAGCAAGACUGGACCUAAUGGUCAGGGGUCCCUUUACCAUUUACCUAGUUUUGUUGCAAUAGUGAGAAUGGAAGUUUCUGCUUGUGAAAUUUUAAGUUCAUUAGCACAGAAUUUCUUAUGAUAUUACGGUAGUAUCUUGGUUUACAACCAUAAUCCGUUCCAGAGGUCCGUUUGUAAACCAAAACAGGUUGUAACCCAAGGCGCACUUUCGCCAAUGGGACCUCCAAAAAAAAAAUGGGUUGUAAUCCCAAAAAAAGGUUGCAAACCAGGACACAGACUUCUGGGUCUGACGUGUUUGUAAUCCAAAACGUAUGCAAACCAAGACGUAUGCAUGUAUGCAUUGACUGUAAUGUCAAUGGGAGAGGGGGGGAAUAGGGAUGAGGGAGAAAAUUGGUUUUGUUGAAUUUUAAUGGGAAAAAAAACUAGCUAAUUUGAGCUUCCCAUAUCAAUGCAUGAACCUCUUCUUCAAAAUUUGCACGCCUCUGAAUUUCACAAUGCAGUUCUCCGGACACUGUGUACAGAAAUGCAUAGAUAAGGAUAAAGUGUGCAUUAAAAUGCAGGUAUUAGUGGAAAAAAUAACAUACAGAAAUGCAUUGUGAUGGGGCUUUUUUUGCAGAAAUGUGUAUUUUAAUCAAAACUGAAUGCAGAGAUUGGCUUAUUAGGAGAAAUUUGCACUAGAUGCAUUUUCAUGAGGAAAGAAUUUGCGAUGUGCUGAGGAAAUACGGAGACCUGAAUUCAAGAUUGGAAAAAAUGGGAAAUGGGGAGAACCCGAAACUGAUAUAUUUCCCUGUUCCCUAGAAAGAAAUGGCGGCCUUCUCCCUGUCUCAGUCUGUAAGUGAGUGCCCUUCUUUUCAACCACCCAUAAUCACUCUCCCCUUUGCCCGUCUCUUUCAGAAGUAUGGCUUUAUCAUAAGUAGAAUCUGACAAUCCAACUCCCAGUGCCUGGGGGGCAUGCCAGACUGUUAGCUAAUGAAACAGACUUUGUCCAGCAGCCUCAGUGGGUGGCAGGCAUUUUAUUUUCCUUUACGGGUUCUCAAAAAGUUUGCCUCCUUAGCCAAGCUGCAUGGAGGAUGACAGGACGGCAUCAGGAGGGUUGCUGUAUUUCAAAAAUCUAUACUACCAACAUGGGCUGCCAGCGAUUUCUCCCCGGACGCUGUUCACGAGGGCUGAAUACCGGCUGCGUCCGAGAAAUUCCAGACAACCCUAGAUUCUAUAUUUAGGUUUUAUUUUGGAGGGCAAGCAAGGACUGAUGCUCUUUGAUACAGAAAAACAAGCCAGAGAAAUGGCUCCGUCCGUGACAGGGGGUUGGACUGGAUGGCCCUUGUGGUCUCUUCCGACUCCAUGAUUCUAUGAUUCUAUUAGCCAUGGUGAUAUGGGACCACUGCUUUCUAUCCCGUUCAUAGGUCAGCUGGAGUUUCAUAGAGUCAUCUAGUCCAACCCCCUGCAAUGUAGGAAUUUUUGCGAAAGCAUCCAUGUCGGAUGGUUUCUGGUGAGCAAGUAAGGCCACCAAGUUUGCUGAUGAUACCCAAUUGUUUGGGGUGGCCAGAAGGAAAAAGGAUUGGGAGGAGCUCCAAAAGGAUCUCUCCAAACUGGGCGAAUCCGAGCAAUAAAAUGGCAAAUGCAAUGUGAUCGUUUUAGCAGGUCUAAAAUGAUGCACACCUGGGCAACCCCCCCCCCCCAAAUUUCUACAUAUACGCACAUGGGAAAGGCUGGACUAGAUGAAUCCCAAGCAGGAAUUAAGAUUGCCGGAAGAAAUAUCAACAACCUCAGAUAUGCAGAUGACACAACCUUGAUGGCAGAAAGUGAGGAGGAAUUAAAGAACCUUUUAAUGAGGGUGAAAGAGGAGAGCGCAAAAUAUGGUCUGAAGCUCAACAUCAAAAAAAACCAAGAUCAUGGCCACUGGUCCCAUCACCUUCUGGCAAAUAGAAGGGGAAGAAAUGGAGGCAGUGAGAGAUUUUACUUUCUUGGGCUCCUUGAUCACUGCAGAUGGUGACAGCAGUCACGAAAUUAAAAGACGCCUGCUUCUUGAGAGAAAAGCAAUGACAAACCUAAACAGCAUCUUAAAAAGCAGAGACAUCACCUUGCCGGCAAAGGUCCAUAUAGUUAAAGCUAUGGUUUUCCCAGUAGUGAUGUAUGGAAGUGAGAGCUGGACCAUAAAGACGUCUGAUCGCCGAAUAAUUGAUGCUUUUGAAUUAUGGUGCUGGAGGAGACUCUUGAGAGUCCCAUGGAUUGCAAGAAGAUCAAACCUAUCCAUUCUUAAGGAAAUCGGCCCUGAGUGCUCACUGGAAGGACAGAUCGUGAAGCUGAGGCUCCAAUACUUUGGCCACCUCAUGAGAAGAGAAGACUCCCUGGAAAAGACCCUGAUGCUGGGAAAGAUGGAGGGCACAAGGAGAAGGGGACGACAGAGGACGAGAUGGUUGGACAGUGUUCUCGAAGCUACGAACAUGAGUUUGACCAAACUGCGGGAGGCAGUGGAAGACAGGAGUGCCUGGCAUGCUCUGGUCCAUGGGGUCAUGAAGAGUCGGACACGACUAAACGACUAAACAACAACGCACAUGGGGCCUGAAUUGCCAAUGACUGAACUGGAACAAGACCGUAAUGGAUGGCUUGGUAGAGGUGUUGACCAUGCAUUUGACGGCUGCGAAAAAGAAUGGCAUGCUGUGUGUGGAUCAUUAGGAAAGAGAUUGAAAAUAGCAUUUGCAAUAUUACGACGCUGUGGAACAGAUUGAUGGUGGGACUACAUUUGGAAUUCUGUGUGCAGUCCUUGUCACCUCGCUUCAAAAAAAGAUAUUGCAGAGCUGGAAAAGGUUAAGAAAGGGACAGUUCAAACCUAUCAAGGAGAUGGAUCGACUCUCCUGUGAAGGAAAAUCGCAGCAUUUGAAGCUUUUUAGUUUAGGGGAAAGGUGAGUAGAGGUCUAUAAUAAAUAUCAGGAGAUACCUGAUAGGGAGAUUCCACCCCCACCCCCACCCCCACCCCCAUGGGGUUAUCCAGUGAAGCUGAAGAUUGGGAAAUUCAGGAGAGGCAAAAGAAGGUUUUGCUUCACACUAAAGCAUAUUUGAUGCUAACGAACCUCGGCAGCUGCUUAAACUUUCUUGAUCAGCUGGUCGUUUUAAUGAAUAAUUUGUAUUUAUGGUGUUUAAACAUUGUAUAUGUCUAUAUAUUGUUGGCUGCCUUGCUAUUUAAUUUGUAUUUGCGGUGCUUUAUGUUUAAAUACCGUAUAUGUGCUUAUAUUGUAGGCAGUGGUACCUUGGCCCUCGAACUCAGUCCGUUUGACUCCUGAUACGGUUCGAAAACCAAGGCGCGGCUUCCGAUUGGCUGCAGGAGCUUCCUGCACUCAAUCGGAAGCCGUGUCGGGCGUUUGGCUUCCGAAAAACGUCCGCAAACCGGAACACUCCCUUCCGGGUUUGCGGCAUUAGGGAGCCGGUUUGUUUGGGAGCCAAGCCGUUUGAGAGCCAAAGUACCGCUGUAUUUUACAUGAAACAGCGAAACAUAAAUAAUUUAAUAAAUGCAUACGAACCCGCUCGGACCCUGAGAUCAGUAUCUGAGCCCCUUCUCUGGGUGCCCCCUCUGAGGGCGUUCUGGGGGGCUGGCGAUGAGAGAGCGGGGCCUUUUCUGAAACCGAAGGCUGCUUGAGUUGGAACAGAGAAGCAUUUUGCUUCCCAAAGAACAUAACUCAGGAUCUGUAACGGCGGAGGAAGGAGAGCAGCUUCUGCCGGUUGUCCGUUUUUCUUUAUUGCAGGAGCUGAACAAACCAUGCACCAGCCAUCAACGGGCAGCGAACAGAUUUAUAGCUGGUCUUUGCCACUUUGGGAGCUCUGCCGUGCUGCCAGGCAGGGAAGGCAAAAUUUAAGGCACGCUCUGGCCUUGAUCCGAGAAAGUCCUUGCCUGCGCUGUCACUCCCUUGCUUUAUGGUCUCUUCUCUUGUAGGUGCAAGAAGCGCAUUAUGGGUCUGUUAGGACCAUAUUUUUCAAAGUCUGUGAGUCCAGUGGUUCAAAACGGGAUUCUUCAUGUAUGGUGCCAAGUUCUCUCUCUUUUUUUGGGGGGGGGGGAGUGUUCACAAUCAGGCAUGUCCUGAUUAUUAUAAGGCUGACAAAAAUGAAACUGCUUAGAUCAGGGCUGUCCAACAGGUCGAUCGCGAUCUACUGGUGAAUCGCAGGGUGCCCCUGGUUGAUCCUGGUGGAUUGCGGGAACCCCCCCCCAAAAAAACCCACAAGAAACUGAACAAGUUUGUUUUAUCCUCCCUAAAAAAGCUCAACAACUUUGUCUCAUCCUGCCCCCCAAAAAAAGCUCAACAACUGGUCAAUCCAAUAGGAAGAUCACUGCCAGUUUUUUUAUAGUGGGAGUAGAUUGCAGUCUCUUGGAAGCUGCACAUGCCUGGCUUAGAUUAAUCGAUAAAAGCAUUUUGAAUGACUAAAAGGGUGCAUUAUUUUCUACAAAAAAGAAAACACCCCCCCCACCCUAUAUACCUAUAAGAAACUGCAGAUGACCAUUCUAAAUGAGGUGUUUUUUCUUGUGUGUGACAGAAGGGGGGUGGAAUUCCCUUUUGAAGAUCACUAGUGCAAUACACACACACACACACUCUUGUGUAUCUUUAUACAGUUAUACCUCAUGUUACGUCCGCUUCAGGAUGCGUCUUUUCAGGAUACGGAUGCGCCGAACCCUCAACCCCAAACUCUCAAUAGAUUCCUAACUUUUGGCCAACCUCCAGCUGCUUAACUGGGAGAUGGUGGCUACUGCUCAGUGACUGAAGAGGAAGGUCUUUCUCAACUUUCCUCUUUUCUUCCUUUCUCCCACCUCCCACCAUCCUUGGUGCCUGGAAUUCCAUUUACCGUUACAUUUCAGGAGCCCUGGGAAGUGUGAUUUCCCCAAGGCAAUGGUAGCCACAUUGAUACCAGGUACCUCCCAGGGCUCUCGGCACUUAGAACAUUGACAACAGUCAGGUCAGUGGGUGGGUGGGAAUAAGGAGGAGUUCUUCUGCGGCUCAGAUUAAAUCCAAGUCGGGGCAUAACUCAGGAUUCUUAAUACUCACCUUGUAUUGAAAGUGGCAUUAUGAAUAAGUGAGAUUUGUAUUCGGAGCCAAUGAAUUAUGGACUUCAGUGAACCAGUCAUUUAUGAGUGUGGAAGGGAACAGAACACCUGUGUUCAGGUGGUGAUGGGUUAUGUGUUUUUUGCUUGUAUGCAACAUCUGAGGUGGCUUUUGUGGUUCUUGGGUGACGUUUCUGAGGCGAACACAUGUCAGGGUAAGAGGGGCAGAAUGAAAAUUGUAUUGUUUUCAAGACUUUCCGGAUGAGGGGCCUUGUUUUAAUCUUGUUUUAUCUUCUUCCAUUCCAUUUUUUUUUAGCACCUAUAACCAGGCCCGUGAAUGAGCGGGGAUCGUUUGGGAACAUAGGAGGUGCUGUGUCGCAGCCGGAGAUUUAGACCUGAGCCGGCUCAUUCAAGAGUCAGGUGCAUGCAGCCGGCGUCGUGAAAUCUCCUUCGGGUGCCACCAUUAAGCCCUGAGAUGAGUAAAGAGGAGAAUCUCACAGAACAUCUACAGCAGCAGCUUCCUAUGUUCCUAGGAUGGAAGAGGGGAGGAGAUGGCAGACAGAUAUUCAGUGCCACUGACGUCUUGUGCCUCCACUACCAUACCUUGCCAUGGCCAAAUUAGAGACCCUCUCCGUCCUUAGUGACGCCAACUACCACAACAAGGAAGCCUUCCACCCUUUCGAACCCGCCUCCCAGGGCACGAUGGGAAGCGUCGGCAGCGGCGUCGCGGGCGAGCAAGAGUUCGCCAUGAAGAGCGUGGGGACCAGGACGCAGAGCGGCAGCCGGCAGGUCGAUGGGUCCCGGAAUAGCUACUCCAGGCGGGAGAUCUCGAACCGCUACUCCGGGGAGGAGAAGACUUACAAGACGGAGAAGAUCUCCCACUCCAUCUACAUCAACGGGGACCUGCGCAAGAGCGAGAAAGGGAAGGCGGACCUCUGUGGGAACGUUGCGGCCAACAAUGAGAAGAACAUCCCACCUCCUCCCCAGUACAGAGAACCCAGUAACCCACCAAAGAUAUUACCAGUCUCUGGUAAACUAGACCAGAGCAACGAGCCCUUAGUUAGACCUUCAGCCUUUAAGCCCGUAGUCCCUAAAAACUUCCAUUCCAUGCAGAACCUGUGCCCGCCACAGAACAACGGCAUAUCGGAGACCCGGAAGACCUUGAACCACACCAACAGCAAUAGCCCUUCCACGGUCAAAAGUGGGAUGGAGAAGCCCAGCCAUAACAGGACUACCAACCAGGCGGGCGGCCUCUCCGAUUCCGGGCGGAACUCUUUGACCAGCCUGCCCACCUACGGCACAGGCUAUAGCCAGCAUAUUGGGCCCAUGAGCGCCUCGACCAGCCACAUAAACCGCAUUGGGACCACCUACGUGGACAAGAACAUUGUGGGCUACAAUGGGAUAUCUACCUCAGACAGCGGCCGGUCUUCCAGCAAGAGCACGUCUUCAUUCAGCCGGCUCAACCACCUCAACGAGACGAUGCCCUUCCACUCACCGUCGACGGACGACAUCAUCCAGGACUUGGAGGACCGGCUGUGGGAGAAGGAGCAGGAGGUCCUUCAGAUGAGGAGGAACCUAGACAAGAGCGAGGCGGCCAUCUACCAGGUCUUUGAGGAGAAGCAGAAGAUCUGGGAGCGUGAGAUGGACGACCUGCGGCAGAAUUAUGCCAACAAGCUGCAGCAGGUGUCCAAGAAGGCGCAGAGGGCACAGCAGGCUCUGCAGCUCCAAAUCUUCAAGCUCCAGCAGGAGAAGAAGAAACUCCAGGACGACGUGGGGCAGCUCCUCCAGCAGCGGGAAGAGCUAGAGAAGAAGUUCAUGGCUUUCAAGAAGGAGCAGGCCGAGUUCCUUCCCAAGAUCGAGGAGACCAAGUGGGAGGUGUGCCAAAAGGCUGGUGAGAUCUCUCUGCUGAAGCAGCAGCUGAAGGACUCCCAGUCCGACGUCUCCCAGAAGCUCAAUGAGAUCGUCGGGUUGCGGACCCAGCUCAAGGAAGGCAAGAGCUUCCUCAGGGAGAAGGAGGAGCAGAUCCUGACCUUGAAAGACUCCUACAGCACCAAGAGCAUCAGCCUGGACAUCUCCGAGGGCGAACUGCAGCGGAAGAUGGGCGAGGUGCAGAUGCUGAGGGAGAAACUUGACCAGUGCGAGCUGGAGGUCUCCAACCUGAAGCAGACCCUCACCAGCCUGGGCGGGCCCCACAGCCACUACGGUGCAGAGCUCACGGAAAAGCUGGCGAGGGACCCUUUGGCUUGCGAGAGCGACGAGGCCAAGAUGAAGCGGCAGAGCGAGGAGAACUUCAAUGCGCUGAAGAAGGAGGUGGAGCGGCUGCAGGCGGAGCUGAAGGCCGAGAGGCAGCAGCGGGAGCAGCAGGUCAUGGACUUUGAGGAGGAGCGCCGCACCUGGCAGGAGGAGAAGGAGAAGGUCAUCAAGUACCAGAAGCAGCUGCAGCUGAAUUACGUGGAGAUGUACCAGAAGAACCAAAUUCUCGAGCACAAAGUCAGCGAAAUGACCAGCAAGGUCACCAGCCCGCCACACACCGACGAGAAGAAAACAUGGACUCCUUCCAGGUUGGAGAGGAUAGAGUCCACAGAGAUCUGAGGAAAGGACUUGAGGCGUUCAAAGUACGUUGUCCCCCACCCCACCCCACCUCCCCAAAUUACUGUGCAUGUACUUCAGCCGGUGAUCUUCCCAAGGAGAAUAAUAUGCUAUAUAACUAGCAGUGUAAGUUCGUCUGCCCUGGGCAUCUCCAACGUGCUCUGGUGCUUUGCAGGUGAUAAAGGAAAAAAUAGAGACAGGUGUUUCUAGGGAUGAGCUGACAUCAGGAGUAUUGGGGGGGUGGAUUGAGUGUGUGUAUGUUGGGAGGGGUCAGGGGCGCAGUCUUGCACCCAAGAUUGCGGGGGGGGCAGCGUGCGUCACAUUGUGUAAUGUCAUGCUUGGGACGCGCGUCGCACACAUGACAUCGUACGUGUGUCACUUGCAGGUGAUGUCAUACGCACAUCGAUGGGAGGAAGCCGAGUGGGGAGCCCAGCAUGGUGCGGUUCAAUGGCUGGCUCCUCCUGAGUGCGAGAGAGGAAGCCGCGCCAGACUGGGCUCCCCGCUCGGUUUCCUCUCAAUGUGACAUGGAAUGUGCAUCACAUGUAUGACAUCACACGUGUGCGACGUGCAUUGUUGGGAAGAGGCCAAUUGGGCAGCCUGGUGCUGCCUCCUCUCUCGCACUCAGGGCAUACCUGCCAAGUUGCUGUCAGAGAAAUAAGGGACCGGGCCGGAAAUCGCAGACCGGAAGUAGCACUGCCGCCAUUUUGGAACUGGGCAGAGCAUGCUCAGAAGUGACUUUUGAUGCUGCUUUGCCCAGUUCCAAAAUGGCCGCCACGCCAGAAUAAACCGGGAAAAACAAAAAAAAAUCCGUUUUUUCAGCUAGGAACAGCUGGAAAAACGGGGAUUUCCCGGGGAAAACGGGAGACUUGGCAGCUAUGACUCAGGAGGAGUCAGCCAUUGAACCAUGCCACACUCGGUCUUCUCUUCCCCCUCAACAUCAAGGGGGCCUGGUCCCAUGCCAGCAAAUAUUGAGGCGGGUUGAAGAGCCCUCUGCCUCUAGGAGUUGGCGUGCCUGGUGUGGGUUUUUGUUUUUUAAUUAGCCCCAUUGACAAAGACACCGCAGAGUUUUCUGUGUCUGCCAUUACUGCAGCACCUCUCUGAAUGGUCUUCUGACCCACCUUCUCUUUCCAGGGCAUUUUUUUAGCCAUAUUGGCUAGUAGAAAUUCAUGCCACACUCAGGCUUGCCUCAUCUUUGCCAUAACCCAGGGUGGAAUCCCUCCAAUAUUCCUCAGGGGAAAGGGGACGUUCUCUUCCACAUCAGCAGAAUGUCUCUAUUUUCUGAGGAAGCCUUGGGGCCUUCCAAGCAUCAGACUCACAACUCCCAUCAGCCUCGGUCAACAUGGCCAAGAGUCAGAGGGUGAUGGCAGGUGUGGUCCAGAACAUUUGGAGGCCUCGCAGGUUGGAGAAGGCUGUCCUGAAGCAUUUCUGUGUCACAACCGGACAUAAAUCAAUUUCUGCUCCCCAGAUAACUCUGGAUACUGUCGUUCUGAGAGGAGCAGGGGAUGCAGAUCGCUUGCAGGCAAUUCUCAGCACCUAGAAAACCUACAAUUCCCAGGAUCCUUUGAGAGGAGCCACAGCCAGUAUAAAAGUGAAACAAAUUUGUAGUGUUGCUGUCUGCCGCCCCCUCUUAAAGGAGUUACCUAUGAAAGCCAGUUCUCAGUUCUCAAUUACCUAUAAUAGGCUAAGCCUAUUAUAAAUUGGAAGCAAGGCGUGUUUAUUUACUUCCUAGUUCACACUCCAUCUUAGUUUGUGGUGGUGGGAUGGGAGCAGUUUGCAGGUUAUCUGAUUCUCGCAAGGUUAUGCCCUCAGGCAUCUACACACACAAGCCGUGAGAGAGGUUGCACAGACAAUAGGAGAGGGCAAGACUCCCUUCCUGGCAUGCAAUCUAUGCUCUGCAGCGUGGACUGAAUCUAAACAACUCUCUCCAAGGCAGUGAUCCGAUGAGAGGGCCGUGAACUGAGGUAGCAUCAGUAGGCCUGGAUUAGUGAAACCGCCCCCCCCCCCAAAAAACAUCGAUAACUUUUUUUUAUAUUGACUAUCAUUUUAGAGAGUUGGCACCUCAUUCCUUUUUAAUGCAGCCAGGAGGGCAAGAACUAAGCUACCACAUUGGGGGAGAAGGCAGAAGAACAGGAUGGAAAGGAAUUUAUGUGGGGCAUCUAGUCCGGCUCCAAACACUAAACACACACACACACACACACACACACACACACACAAUUGGUCAUCUGCCUUGUCCAGCAUGGUUAAGAAAGCAAGAGCACGGGCGUUCUCUUAGGUCAAUAGUUCCUAAGCAUUUCCAGGCCACACACAACCGUGGCUCCUUAAAUUCAUCCCUGUUGCCACCCUAAAAAAAAACCACCAUUCCAGAACAGCGGUUUGCACACAACCCACCAAGGAAGAUAAUAGCACAAUAAAAUUCAAAACAUUUAUUUUUUUUAUAAAAAAUCUAAUUAAAAUUAUUAAGUUUAAUUGAUUCAACAAAAUGGAUGAUCCAGUGACCCCAGCCUUUGAAAGACCAAUGGUCAUUUGCACCUCCAGAGCCUUCCUACCACCCCUGCCGCCCCCUUAGGCAAUCCCACUAGUCCAUUUUGUUCUAGAUCGUUGCACUGCUCUUUGCUCAGCCAAAAACUAGAGGGGGUUUGUAUUUUUUUUAAUGGGAAGGUGGCUUGGCCAAACAUCUUUAGAAUUAGAGAUGAUCUCAACCGAGAAGGGUGGUUUGUCUUUCCCCUCGGGCCUUUCCCCCAGAACAUUGCUUUUGUUGAGUAGCAGAAACACACACGCUUGGAGGCCGCCUUAUACUGAGCCAGCCCAUUGGUCCAUCUGGCUCAGUACUGUCUACACUGAUUGGCAGCAACCCUCCGGGAUUUCAGACACGAGGCGCUCCCGGCCCUGCAUGGCGAUUCUAGGCGUUGACCCAGGGGCCUUCUGCAGGAAAAGCAGGUGCUCUACCCAGGGGUGAAGGAAGGGGGUGCGGUCCACCCUGGGUGCCACUGCCACCCUGGCGGGGGGUGACAAAGUGGCAGGUGGCACUCGUGCUGUCCGCCCGCUGCCUCCCCCCCCAGCUGUAGGGUGGCUGAGACCCUGCUGCGUGCCCCAUCUCUAUGGGCGCCGCGCACUGCGUCUCAUCCCUAUGGGCACUGUGUCUCGUCCCUAUGGGCACCACGCCAUGCCCCUAUGGGCGGUUCGCCCCACACCUGGGCAUUCCGCCCCAGGCUUCCUCUGCCGCUGGCUCUACCACCCAGCCUUUUUGCAUUAAUGUUCCUCUUCCCUUGCGAAGCAACGCCUGCCACCAAGUGUCCCUACUGCUUCCGCUGCAUGCAAUUAGAUUUAUUUAGCAAGUGCCAAUUAGGUCCCAGGAAUAUGAGUUGGGCUCCCAUAUUUGCAGCAGAGCUUUUGAGCUGGUAUUUUGCUAGUCUGUACCAUCUUAGCCAGUUCCUCCCAGCUUUUCCACACCCUCUAAUGGACCUUCUUAUCUGCCCUAGGUUAGGAAAGGAAUGAAUGCUAUGCAAGGCCGAUAAAAGAACCAAUUAUUCUUGGAGGCGAUUGGGAGCUCAAAAUUCCUUACUUGAAGGAGGGGGCCACCUGAAGGAGAUCGUGGCUACCAUUGCGCUGCUGGACUUGCAUUUAAAGUGAUUUUUUAAAAAAAAGAGCAAAAAAAGAGCAAAGGCUGCUCGCUAGCUGGGACAGGAAAGGGCUGUGGCAUUUUUCCAAUACCAUAACGCCGCCAAUUUGAGUGUUUGGGGGAACGUGGCAUCCUUGCGAUAGGAAGUGCUGCCUGGAAACAGGAAAUCUGGAGCCUGUCUGCACUGCAAAGCUAAUCUCAUUUCAAGCUCAUGUAGCUGGUUGGCACCCAACCAAACAAGGAACCCAUAAAACAUAGCUGCCAAGUUCCGGCCUGAGAAAUAAGGGACUGGACCGGAAGUAGCAGACCGGAAGUAGCGCUGCCACCAUUUUGGAACUGGGCGGAGCAUACUCAGAAGCUACUUUUGAUGUUGCUCUGCCCUGUUCCAAAAUGGCCACUGCACCAGAAGUCGCACUGCAGCCAUUUUGGAACUGGGCAAAGCAGCAUAAAAAGUUGCUUCUGAGAAUAAACCGGGGAAAAACAAAAAAAUCCGUUUUUUCGGCUGGGAACAGCUGGAAAUACGGGGGUUUCCCGGGGAAUACGGGAGACUUGGCAGCUAUGCCAUAAAAGCACAAGAAGAGCCCUGCAAGGUCAAGUCGACCAGGAGUCUCUCUCUAGUCCAGCCACCUGCUUCUUACAUUGGCCAACCAAGUGCUCUCAGGAAGCCCACAAGCUAUUGCUCCCCUGCAAUGGGAACUUGGGCCCUACACCAGCAUUAUGCAUUUAAAGCAGUGUCAUGCCACUUUAAACAAUCAUGGCUUCCUCCAAAGAAUCCUGGGAAGUUCAGUUAGGUAAGGCUGCCGAGAUUUGUUGCCGGGACCCUUGUUUCCCUCGCAGAGCUACAAUUUUCAAGAGUUCUUUGGGAAGGGGGGUAGACUGUUAAACCAGUCUGAGAAUUGUAGCUUGGUUAGUGGAAUUGGGGUCUCCCUCACAACUCCCAGAAUCCUCCCAGGAUUCCUUGGGGGAAGCUAUGACUGUUUAAAGUGGUAUCAUAGUGCUUUAAACGUCAGGCCCAUUUAGCUAGCAUCCCUAAUUGGCCCAUGUCUCGUCAAUUUGUAAAGCCCACAGCUGUUAUUGCCACAUCUUCUGACCAUGAAAUAUGUACAGGUGAAACUCGGGAAAUUAGAAUACCGUCGAAAAGUGCAUUUAUUUCAGUAAUGCAACUUAUUAUUUUUGAUUUUUCUUUUAAUUUUUACAAAUGCUUUCUUUUGGAAAUUCCACAGUAAUAAAACAAAUAGUUACAAUAAUACAAAAAUAAACAUCGCUAUUACAUUUCAUUAAUUACAUACCAUUUAUAAUUGACCUGCCUAAUGACAAAUGAUUACAAUUACAACAAAUAAAGGCUUGACAUACCUGUAUUUUGCUUCAUGCAUCUAUCUCAUAUAUUGGUUUUACCUUUUAAGUUGCAUCACUGAAAUAAAUGCACUUUUCAACGAUAUUCUAAUUUUCCGAGUUUCACCGUAAGCCAGAGCCUACAUUUUGUGGUUAACGGUUUUUGGCUCCGGAAUCUUAUUUCUAGCCCGUUUUAUUACCUAAUACUAAAUCCUGAGCACUUGUAUUAAAAGAGGAGACAUCACAUUCCUCUUUGGGGCUUCGACUACCCUUCCUGGGAUUUACGGGGAAACCACGAUAGUUAAACCCGGUUUUAAGAUGGUUUAUAUUUGGAGUGCAGGCGUGCCCUUGCAUCUUCCACAGCGAAUCUGUAACAGCAGCAAAAACUUUGUGAUGUGAGUUGACUUGGCUGCAUAAAGGAUUUCGGGUCGUCUUCUUUUUUGCGCAAUCCAUGGUUUAGCUUGCCUUCAGUAUGCCUGAUGGUCAAUGCCUUCUUCAGAGGGUUUUUUAUGGUGCUUUUUUGUGGGGUGGGGGGACCUUGAUAGAUAUCAGAGAAGAACCCACAAAUUUCCCCAGUCUACACCAAUUUUCCCAGUCACACACCACAGCAAGAUGCAAGGUCAGGCCUUCUCAUUCUGGUGCCUAAGAAACAACACUCACACAAACAUGCGCAGAGUCACCCUCUCUAAAUAUAUAUAAAUAGGUUUUGGAACAAGAUGGUUUGCCACUCUACAAUGGUGCCCAGAUUCUACCACCUGAGACAGAGGCCUUCUGCCUAGUGGUGCUGGCAUCGGGCAAACCCUGCUGUUGCUCGCAUCUGCAGGAAAAUCACUGCCGGGUUGUCUGUAUGUGAAAGUGCUUAUUAACUGAACUAGGAAGCAAAUCAUUUACUUAUAUGCUGCUAAGGUAUACAGAGACAAGUGUACUUGGAUGUAAAUAACUGUUCUGUAUAUGUAUAUAUGAUUAUUAAAGCAAAACACGUGUACAAAAAAGAGAGAGAGAGAAAACUCUUGUGAGUAACUGGGCUUUGCGGAAAGAGCAGACUUCACUGUCGAGAACUGAAUUUCUGGCAAGAAGACAACAUCUUGGAGGGUUUUCCAAAGCCCCACUGAUUUCAUGCGCUCUUGAGAUUACACUAUACCUUCCUGGGGUUACAAGUCACACGGCAGGCUUGUUUUGGUGCAUGUUUUCUGUCUACCCAUCGGUAAUCUUGUAGGUAGGUGGGGGGACCUGAGGAUUUUAAGCUAUUUUGAAGUGUCUGUGUGCUGUCGCUUUAACUUGUGGUUUGAAACCAAACUCACUUGAACCAGACCAUUUAGAUUUCCCCCACCCCUGCUCCUGAGGCUUCUCCGCCUGGAAGAAAUUGCCGAGAGACACCGCUGCCUGCAGCUGCAUUGUGGACGGAAGCAGCCAAAGGGGGGGGAAACCCAAGAGGACCCACCCGUUGCCCAGUUGAAACAGCACUUUAUAAUAUUUGCUUCCGAUUCCUGGCCAGUGUGACCAAAGACCAGCUUGGAUGAGCCUUCGGGAUGCUACUGGAUCCAUAUUUCUAUUUUUUUAUGCUGGUGCCAUGAGGUUUCUAGGCUUUGGCGACUGACAGAAUCCCUGCUGGGUUUUGCGCAGUGUGGGUUCCCUUGUGAGGAGGUGGCCGCCACUACAUUUUCCAGGGGCUACUCUUUGCACCCAUGAGGGCUAAACACUUGCUGUUCUCUCCGAAGCGGAAAGCUGAGAUUCUCAGGUAGUCAGAAGCUGCGCAGGAUUUCGGUUUCUCGGAAUCGUUCGUCACAACCGUUAAGCCACCUCUUGGCACACUAGGUGUGGCGAUUACCGAAUGGCAAACACCUCAUUUGCAUGAGCUGCUUUGUCGUACAACACUAUCUGGGCAUGGGGCGGGAACCAAAAUAGGCAGCCAUUCAGAGAUGCCAUGAGAAAUGGUCCUUAAUAGAUGUUUCCUAAACACCAGGGGGGGGAAGCUGAUAGGCCUGGGUGCUGAAACAAUGCCACUGUUUUAAAAUACCAGUUUCUGGGGAAUAACCACUGUGAUUUGGAUAAAAGGGGUAGCGAGCCUUUUAUUGCUGUGGAUGUCUGAGAAAUUUGGGUGGUGGUGGUGGUGCAAGAAUGGAACAAGAUACCCUUUCCCACCUUACUCCUCUUGUAAAUCUUGCUGCUCCCCCUCAGAGGAAUUUAUUUUUGCAGAAGUGACCGAAACUUGGUUUUUUUUCUAGAGGCUGAUGUUUUUUGUGUUCGGAGAGAUGGUUUUUUUUUUUUAAUAAAAAAACUGUGCCCUCUUCCCUGUCCCCAACCUGAAGGAUGAUAACCAGCAAAAGUUGGUAAGAAUAAAUGAGACAAAACUGGAAAUAAGUAUAGAAAGAGGCUACAGCUCCCCCACCCUCACGGUUUGGAAUGCAGCUGUCAGCUGUGGACUAAAAUGCAGCCCUUUUAAGACCCACUCUCCAGCGCCAACAAGAGAGAAACCUGUAUUGACCAUUCUGCGUGGUUGUGUUUUUCCCCCAGUAGCCCGCUUUUGGGGGCUGAAUUGCAAUCCUUCAUCGCCACCCAGAAUCCCUGCUUCAAAAUGCUUCUCUCUGCCCUCUGCUUUCUGGUCAGCAGGAAAACUACUGACCAGAAGGAAUUGGUUCUAUACUUUUUAGUUUACAAUAGCUAGCUUCCAACUGGAGAUUCCUCAAAAGGACUGGUUGUGUGUGUUUGUACAGUACAGCAGAUAACAAAAACAAAAUCGUAAUAAGGCAUGUUGCAAGCAUAUUUUUAUUCAAAUUACAAGAAAGGCGAUUUUGACUAAACAUUAAGAAGAACUUUCUGGUGGUAAAAGCUGCUCAACAGUGGAACGGGCUCCCUCAGAAGCAGGUGGGCUCUCCUUUUCAGGUUUUUAAACAUCUGUCAGGAAAUAUUUGAUUCCUGUAUGGCAGAGGGUUGGCCUAGAUGGCUCUUUGUGUCCCCUUCCAAUUCUAUGGUUUCAUCAUUCUGUAUUCAGAGCAUGGGCGUACCCAGCAUAGAAGCAGGGCAUCUGGAGAGGACAGGCAGGGACGCUGCCUGCUGUGCUACACCUCAGCCUGCUUAGCUGAAGCGAAACGGCAGCAGCGGCAGUGAAGCUGCCUCCGUUGAAAAA